AUUUAGAGGAGGCGCGUGCUGGAAAUGCCACAAUCAGCAAAGAGCAAAAGCAAAAGCACGCGGUCUCGAAUGUAACUCAACGCAGACGGAGAUUGAACACACCGUUCCUCCGGCUUUAAAGAAAAGAAUAACCGUGCGCGCUCCUCCAGCUGUUAGCGAAACGCGAAGAAAGAGACCAUGUGAAAGCGUCUUGCAGAAUAUCUUCGUGCGGGAACGAGUGAAAGUUUAGGCUCUGAGCAAGGAAUGUCUACGGAGGAGAAGCCUGAAGCUCCCAUGUAUGUCUAUGAGUCGACGGUGCAUUGUGCCAACAUCCUCCUGUGCCUGAAUGAACAGCGGAAGCAGGACAUCCUGUGUGAUGUGACAGUGCUGGUGGAGGGGAGGGAGAUUCGUGCCCACAGGGCAGUGCUGGCAGCUUGUAGCCAAUAUUUCUCCCUACUGCUCAGGGGCCAGACGGAACAUGAGCCGGUCAUCAACCUGCCACAGAAGAUCACGGAGAAAGGCUUUGCCCCACUGUUGCAGUUUGCUUACACAGCCAAGCUGCUACUCAACAGGGACAACAUCCAGGAUGUUAUGUGUUGUGCAGAAUUCCUGGGAAUGCACAACCUCGAAGACUCCUGCUUCCGCUUCCUACAGGCCCAGAUGAAAAGUGAGGUUGCUGGCAUGCACACCAGCCAGAAUCCCCCUUCACCUCAGACCCUGGUUCAGAAGCAUCACGAUAACAGGUCAGAGGACGCAAAUGUGCGGUUGAGUGAUUCCAAACCACCACUGUUCGGAUCAAGCCUGCACCCUGAAAAUGAGCAAUUAAAAGUCACCAACAACCUGCAUCAAUCAGACCAACCUCCAGCUUUUGACAUCCCUCAUUAUCCCAAAUAUAGAAAGUACCAUCAGGUUCUUGCUAAGCACAACGCAACCAACUGCUCACACAGCAGUACCUCAAGCUUACACGGCUCCCUGCAGGAUACUGUCACCAGCAGCGAUGCCCAGGGCCGUAAUUUUUCCCAGGUUAUAGCAGAACCAGCAAGUGGGGAAGACUGUGUGCCACUGGACUUGUCAGAGUUGGAGCAGGACGGUCUGGUCAGGGGUAAAGGGAAUGAGAUGGAGAUGGAAAUGGAGUUUGAAGGAAGACAACUUAGUUCAACACCCAUUGAAUUGCCUGUGAGCAAACGUUCACCAGUGUGCCUGAGCUCCCUUGAUAAAAAGGAAGUCACGUCUUCGGAUCAUUGUCUUAGCGCUGAUCUGCAACUCACCAGCAGAACCUCUCCCCUUCAAGAACGACAAGUUGCUCCAAAUUACUUCCAAAAAGACUAUCAGGCCUUCGUUGGGGGACUUGGAGUGACAUCCUCAAAGAAGGCUGAGAAAUUAACUGAUGCCGUGUCCCUCAAGUCACUUUCCUUUGAGAUGAUCUGUUCCCAAGAAUCUGAACAGGAGAGCGACAGAAGAAGUGUCAUCUUCUCCUCUCGAGCCCCCUACCAUCUGGCGGCACCCGCGCACUCUUAUCCGGGUGAGAGCUGUUUGGGGCAGGAGACCCCAGAUGACUUAUGGGCAGGUUCCAGCCAGUCAUUCCCCUGCUCCCAAGCACUGUCCCCAACUUCUGUCUCUCAAGAGCCCGCAUUGCCCUACCGCCGCCAGCCAAAGAGCAGCUGUCCGGUGCCUAUUAAAAUGUGUCCCCGUUCGUCUCGUGCCGAGAGCCACAUCAGAACCUCCAGCUCUUGCUCUUCCUACUCCUACGCUGAGGAUGGCAGUGGAGGAUCUCCUUCCAGCCUGCCCCAGUUUGAGCUCUCUACCUCUCCUUGUUCCACCAUGGCUCGAUGCCUGGCCCUUGAACACCAGGAGCAUAGCAUGUCGGGGCCACCAAAGAUUAAGUGUGAGAAGUCCUACGACACUAAUUCCAGUGACGAAUCUGGAUCUUUUUCUGAUGGAGAUAGCGAAUCCUUUCCCACCAAAGAGCACAGUCAAGAGGUGAAACUGCCUUUCUCAAUAGACCAUAUCACAGAGCUUCCACGCAAUGACUUUCAGCUGAUGAUCAAGAUGCAUACGCUGACCUCAGAUCAGCUAGACUUCAUCCACAGCAUGAGACGCCGCAAUAAAAACCGCAUCGCAGCGCAGCGCUGCAGGAAAAGAAAGCUGGACUGCAUCCAGAACCUGGAGCGCGAGAUUCACAAACUGGUCUGCGAGAGACAGAAGCUCCUAACUGAACGCAGCCAGUUGAAGACCUGCAUGGGGGAGCUGUGGGAAAACUUCUCCUUUUUGUCUCAGGAGGUCUGCAGGGAAGAAAAAUGGAGUCCAGGACAGUCUCGGUCUCUGUAUAAUCUACACCCAGACCCAGUUUCAUCCAGUCCAACCGGUACAGACCUUAGAAUCUCUCCCAAUCCCACCAGUAUAGACGUCACUCUCACCUCACACAACAGCGUGGUGUUGUCCCCAGGCUUAACUGGCUGCCAGGCCAUAGCCGAACCACCACACUCACACCUAAGAGUGGACAGAGAGACUGUGCUGCCCCAAAACACUGUCACCUCUGAGAGGUCAGAACUUUCCCACGUGGGCAGCUCAAGUGUGACGACUGAUUUCUGCCAGGAAAUGACAGAGAAGUGUACGACAGAAGAGCUGCCUGAGAGAAACUGAGUCCGGUAAACUGCAUUUUUAUCUGUCAUCAUGAGAAUUUGUUUUGUGUUCAAAUUUUUUUUUUUCAAAUUUUUUUUUUGCCAGUGUUAAGUUUUGUUUGUCGCUACUUUAGGGGGGACUGUUCUGUUAUGUUCAUGGUGCAUCACCUGAUGUGUUUUUGUUUGUGUGUGCAUAUGGAUUUGUUCUCAUACAUGCUCUAUAGGAUGCUAAAAUAAUUUCGUUUUGAACAAUACCUUUUUUAUUUUCAUUUUAUGCUAUCUGGUUCUCAGAUUUAUCUCAGGAAUUUCAGAUUUUUUUGGGCAACUUUAAAUCAAGCAGCAUAUGCAAAUGUGAUAUUGGGUGUUUGAAAGUGUUUUGUAUCUAUUGUGCAUUAAAGCAUUCCUAACAAAAUUGAAUAAUGGAGAAAACUAAACGGCUGCUCACCUGAAUUUGCUAAAAGCCGAGCAAUCUCUUUCUAAACUAGCAAAAUGGAGAGCUCUUCUACAAAAUAGAUGAUGAAGCAAUGACGAUUAGCUGCCUGCAUGUUCCCUCAAACAUUUUGUGAUGAAGCAUCAUUUGAUAUGGAAGCAAUUUUUUACAGAUUUUUUUUUUUUCCCGAAGCUCAGUUUUCUAGACUGUUAAAAUGAUUGAUCAGGGAUGUCUGUUGUAUAAAACUCUCCAAGCAAACUUUAGAAAAUGUAGUUAUUCUGACUUUGUUCAUUUUGGCAGCUCACACUUAGAUCUCUCAGAUCUGAUUUGAUUCCUUCAGGGCGUUAUGCACAUGAUAAUUUUACUGGAGUCAGAAAUCAAAGCAAAUCAAUAUUAUUUCCCUCUCUUAUGUUUGUUUGUUUUUCGGGGGGGUGCUUGGACAAACUGUACUGUUUGUACACUUGUCCACAGUCCACUUUCAGUGUUUAAUUAUUUCCAUGGUCCUAAUAUUUUCACUUUUACAAGUUCUCAAUUCCCUCCUUCAAUUUGGUGUAAUUUUCACUAGUCUUAUAACACUUUUACAUGUUUGAUUUAAUAACGAGGUGAAACUUCAAGCCUUAAGGUAACAAGAGUUGGAAAAGCUUAAUACUGCAUUUCUAUUUUUGUUUCUAAUGUUGUUGCUUUAAGCUACCAUGUGUAAGAGCCACUCACAUCUGCAUCAUCACAAUACUAAAGUUCAAAGGUGAGAUGGGGUAUUUGUUUUAAUGUUUUAAUUAAUUUAGUCUGUUUACUUUAAAUUAUUGUGAACUGCAUGAUUUUAAUAAGAUGUAAGGCAUGAUUAAGCGUCAUGUUUAAUAUUUGGUUUUACCAAAACUUUUGGGAAUCUGAUUGAACAUGUUAGCUUGUAUUGAGCAAAAUCAAUUAAAAAAGCUUUGGCCUUAAAAAAAAUCUCAUAGAGUCGUCUUGGUUAAUUUGUGCACCAUAAAAGAGGAUUCUCAAAUAAUUGACUGUCAGGACUUCAAAUAUGUCCUCAAUGUUUAUAAAUUCUUCAGAAUUCUGUGCAUAUUCUGAAUUUGUAUUCUCAUGAGUAUGGAUUUGGAUAAAUCAGUUUAUCAUGCUUUUGUUAUAUGAUGCACCACAGUUGUGAUAUGAAUAUUGUGAUAAGGGCAAAUAUGAAUAUUGGUUAUUAGUUUACAUGCAGUAGGGAGAGUUUUGACAUUCACAGAGCUACCUGUAAAAUCAAUAUACCUCUCGUCUCAGACAAGGUCUGUUACAGAACUUGUUUACAACCUUUUUCAAAGAUGUUUUACAAUCAUUUCUUUUAUGUAGAUUUUGUAUCUAUUGUACAUAUUCUGUUUAUAGGUAUUUGUGGGAUUCUUUGAAAAUGAUUGUUUUGAUUUCUUUUGUCAAUCAAAUCUCGAAAAGUUGUGACCUCAAUGUUCAUAAUCUGUAUUUGUUACAUUCUUGAAUGUGUCCACGUUGAAUUU